AAACAAAAUGGCUGGCUGCUAGCAAGCAGAGUGAGGAGCAGCCCACACAGAGGCAGAUGGAGCAGUAUGCAAUUUUCUAGCAAGCACACACCCUUUCCCAAGCAGGCACCCAGCUAACAGCUAACUCUGAAGUCCCCUGGAGCCGCUGAGGUAGCAGACAAGAGGACGUAACAUGUCUUUGCUCUGCGUUGGAGUUAAAAAAGCCAAGUUUGACGGGGCCCAAGAGAAGUUCAACACCUACGUGACGCUGAAGGUGCAGAAUGUCAAGAGUACGACCAUCGCGGUGCGGGGGAACCUGCCCUGCUGGGAGCAGGACUUCAUGUUUGAGAUUAACCGGCUGGACCUGGGGCUGACGGUGGAGGUGUGGAACAAGGGGCUGAUCUGGGACACCAUGGUGGGGAUGGUGUGGAUCCCCCUGCAGACCAUCCGGCAGUCCAACGAGGAGGGCCCUGGGGAAUGGCUCACCCUCGACUCCCAGGUCAUCAUGACCGACAACGAGAUCUCUGGCACCAAGGACCCCACCUUCCACCGCAUCCUGCUGGACACCCACUUCGAGUUACCGCUUGACAUCCCCGAGGAAGAGGCCAGGUACUGGGCGAAGAAGCUGGAGCAGCUGAAUGCUAUGAAGGAUCAGGACGAUUACGAGUUCCAGGAGGAGCAGGACAAACCGCUCCCCGUGCCCGGCUCCCAAUGCUGCAACUGGAAUUAUUUUGGCUGGGGAGAACCGCAGAAUGACGACCCCGACAGCACCAUGGAUGACCGGGACAGCGAUUACCGAAGCGAGACCAGUAAUAGCAUCCCGCCUCCGUACUACACCACGUCCCAGCCCAACGCCUCGGUCCACCAGUAUCCCAUGAGGCACCAGCAGCAGAGCUCCCGCGACUCGUACAUGGACUCCGUGCAGAGCUACGAGAUGGACUACUCGGAUCAGCGGCCCAUCAGACGCUACGAUAGCGUCGAUUCUGCCACAAACGGGCGCAGCGACGCUGAGUCCGCCUCCGAGUCGAGCAGGCGGACCAGCCGCCAGUUCUCCCUUGAGAGCAGGCGAUCCCUAGACCUAUCGGAUAGCCCCACCGGGAGCAGCCGCUACGCCUCGUCCGGGGAGCUGAGCCAGGGCAGCUCCCAGCUGAGCGACGACUUUGACCCCGACAACGAGAGCCUGCGGGGCUCGGAGCUGGACGAGCGGGACGGGGACUCCUACCACUCCUGCCACAGCUCCGUCAGCUACCGCGACGACUCGCCCCGCUGGGAGGAGGACUUCUACCCCGAGGAGGAGGACGAGGACUACAGCGAGAACGAGCAGGACUACCCCAAGGUGGAGGCCGAGGUGCUGCGGGACCGGGAGGCGGACAAGGCCAAGGCCCCGGAGCGCGAGCCCUACCCGCAACCACCGGUGAAGCAGCAAGUGCCCCUGCUGCAGGCGCAGCAGGUGCCAGCACUGAAGCAGCAGCAGGAGAGGAAGGAAGAGAAGGCGGCUUAUGUCCCCGAGGAAACUCCAGAGAUCCCCCAGGAAAAGCCAUCAGCGAAGGAGCCCCCAGUCGCAGAGAGAGCGCCGGAGCCCCCAAAGCCAGCGGACGGUUACAGAGAGCAGGAGGACGUGGAAGUCCAGGACGCCAAGUCCCGAGCGAAGGCCAGCUGGCUAAAAGCAUUCAACAAAGUUUGCAUGCAGCUGCAAGAGGCCCGGGGAGAAGGAUCUGGCGAGGCGAAGUCGCUGUGGUUUAAAGGCGGGCCUGGCGGCGGUCUGAUCAUUAUUGACAGUAUGCCCGACAUACGAAAGAGAAAGCCAAUCCCCCUAGUUAGCGAUUUGGCUAUGUCGCUGGUCCAGUCCAGGAAAGCCGGAAUCACGUCAGCACUAGCAUCAAGCACCUUAAACAAUGAAGAGCUAAAAAACCAUGUUUACAAGAAGACCCUUCAAGCCUUAAUCUACCCCAUCUCCUCCACGACUCCCCACAACUUCGAGGUGUGGACCGCCACCACCCCCACGUACUGCUACGAAUGCGAGGGGCUGCUGUGGGGCAUCGCCCGGCAGGGCAUGCGCUGUACGGAGUGCGGGGUGAAGUGCCAUGAGAAGUGCCAAGACCUGCUGAACGCAGACUGCCUACAGAGAGCGGCCGAGAAGAGCUCCAAGCAUGGGGCGGAGGACCGGACCCAGAACAUCAUCAUGGUGCUGAAGGACCGCAUGAAGAUCCGGGAGCGGAACAAGCCGGAGAUCUUCGAGCUGAUCCAAGAGAUCUUUGCUGUCUCCAAAGCCACCCACACCCAGCAGAUGAAGGCCGUGAAGCAGAGCGUGCUGGAUGGCACCUCCAAGUGGUCGGCCAAGAUCAGCAUCACAGUUGUCUGUGCCCAGGGCCUGCAGGCAAAGGAUAAGACAGGCUCCAGUGACCCGUAUGUUACUGUCCAGGUUGGAAAGACGAAAAAAAGGACUAAAACGAUCUAUGGAAAUCUAAAUCCGGUCUGGGAGGAGAAUUUCCAUUUCGAAUGCCAUAACUCCUCCGAUCGGAUCAAGGUGCGGGUCUGGGACGAGGACGACGAUAUCAAGUCCCGUGUCAAGCAGCGCUUUAAGAGAGAAUCCGACGACUUUCUGGGCCAGACGAUCAUAGAGGUCCGGACGCUGAGCGGGGAGAUGGAUGUCUGGUACAACCUAGACAAGCGGACAGACAAGUCGGCCGUGUCCGGGGCCAUCCGACUGCACAUCAGCGUGGAGAUAAAGGGAGAGGAGAAGGUGGCACCGUACCAUGUGCAGUACACCUGCCUGCACGAGAACCUCUUCCACUUCGUGACGGACAUACAGAACAACGGGGUGGUGAAGAUCCAGGCCAAGGGGGACGACGCCUGGAAGGUUACUUUCGACGAGACGGCUUCAGGAGAUAGUGGAACUGAGUUCGCCAUGAGAUACGGAAAACAGAGUCUAAAACAAGCUUUCCACUUUGCUUGCCUGUCCUCCAAAUACAUGUGUCCUGGGGUGCCGGCCGUGAUGAGCACCCUUCUAGCCAACAUCAACGCAUACUAUGCCCACACCACUGCCUCCACCAACGUGUCUGCCUCAGACCGCUUUGCUGCUUCCAAUUUCGGGAAAGAACGUUUCGUCAAGCUGCUGGACCAGCUGCACAACUCGCUCCGGAUUGACCUGUCCAUGUACCGGAACAACUUCCCUGCCAGCAGCCCGGAGAGGCUGCAGGAUCUCAAGUCGACGGUGGAUCUGUUAACUAGCAUCACCUUCUUCCGAAUGAAGGUGCAGGAGCUGCAGAGCCCGCCCCGGGCCAGCCAGGUGGUGAAGGACUGUGUGAAAGCCUGCCUCAACUCCACCUACGAGUACAUCUUCAACAACUGCCAUGAGCUGUACAGCCGCGAGUACCAGACCGACCCGACAAAGAAAGGCGAGGUCCCCCCUGAGGAGCAGGGGCCCAGCAUCAAGAACCUGGAUUUCUGGUCCAAACUCAUCACGCUGAUUGUUUCGAUUAUUGAAGAGGAUAAAAACUCAUACACGCCCUGCCUGAACCAGUUCCCCCAGGAGCUGAACGUGGGUAAGAUCAGCGCCGAGGUGAUGUGGAAUCUCUUUGCUCAGGACAUGAAAUAUGCAAUGGAAGAGCAUGACAAGCAUCGCCUGUGUAAAAGUGCUGACUACAUGAACCUGCACUUCAAAGUGAAAUGGCUUUAUAACGAGUAUGUGACCGAGCUCCCUGCCUUCAAGAGCCGCGUCCCUGAAUACCCCGCCUGGUUUGAGCCCUUUGUUAUCCAGUGGCUGGAUGAAAAUGAGGAGGUGUCCCGGGAUUUCCUACAUGGAGCGCUGGAGCGGGACAAGAAGGACGGGUUCCAGCAAACCUCUGAGCAUGCUCUCUUCUCCUGCUCCGUGGUGGACGUCUUCUCCCAGCUGAACCAGAGCUUUGAGAUCAUCAAGAAGCUGGAGUGCCCCGACCCGCAGAUCGUCGGGCACUACAUGCGGAGGUUUGCCAAGACCAUCAGCAACGUGCUGCUGCAGUACGCCGAGAUCAUCUCCAAGGAUUUCGCUUUGUACUGCUCCAAGGAGAAGGAGAAAGUGCCCUGUAUCCUGAUGAACAACAUCCAGCAGCUCCGUGUCCAGUUGGAGAAGAUGUUUGAAGCCAUGGGGGGGAAGGAGCUGGACGCUGAGGCCAGCGACAUCCUGAAGGAGUUGCAGGUGAAACUCAACAACGUCCUGGAUGAGCUCAGCAGAGUUUUUGCCACCAGUUUCCAGCCUCACAUUGAGGAGUGCGUGAAGCAGAUGGGUGACAUCCUGGGCCAGGUGAAGGGCACCGGGAGCGUCCCCGCCAGCGCUUGCAGCAGCGUCGCUCAGGACGCCGACAAUGUCCUUCAGCCCAUCAUGGACCUUCUGGACAGCAACCUGACUCUCUUCGCCAAGAUCUGCGAGAAGACAGUGCUGAAGCGGGUGCUGAAGGAGCUCUGGAAGCUGGUGAUGAACACCAUGGAGAAGACCAUCGUCCUCCCGCCACUCACCGACCAGACGCUGAUCGGGACGCUCUUGAGAAAACAUGGCAAGGGGACAGAGAAGAGCAGGGUGAAGCUGCCCAGUCACACGGAUGGCACCCAGAUGAUCUUCAAUGCGGCCAAGGAGCUGGGGCAGCUGUCCAAACUGAAGGACCACAUGGUGCGUGAGGAGGCGAAGAGCUUGACCCCCAAGCAGUGCGCCGUGGUGGAGCUGGCCCUGGACACCAUCAAGCAAUAUUUCCAUGCAGGAGGUGUGGGGCUGAAGAAAACCUUCCUGGAGAAGAGCCCCGACCUGCAGUCGCUGCGUUACGCCCUGUCUCUCUACACGCAGGCCACCGACCUGCUCAUCAAAACCUUCGUGCAGACUCAGUCGUCUCAGGGAGCUGGCGUGGAUGACCCGGUCGGGGAGGUGUCGAUCCACGUGGAGCUCUUCACUCACCCUGGCACCGGGGAACACAAAGUCACCGUCAAAGUCGUGGCUGCUAAUGACCUCAAGUGGCAGACGUCAGGCAUCUUCCGGCCCUUCAUCGAGGUCAACAUCAUCGGGCCCCAUCUCAGCGACAAGAAGAGGAAAUUUGCCACCAAGUCCAAGAACAACAGCUGGGCCCCCAAAUACAAUGAAAGCUUCCAGUUCACCCUGAGCAGUGAGACGGGCCCCGAGUGCUACGAGGUGCAGGUGUGCGUCAAGGACUACUGCUUCGCCCGGGAGGACCGCACGGUGGGCAUCGCUGUGCUACAGCUCAAGGACAUCAUGCAUCGGGGCAGCUGCGCCUGCUGGCUGCCCCUGGGCCGGCGCAUCCACAUGGAUGACACGGGCCUCACCGUCCUCCGCAUCCUCUCGCAGCGCAACAACGAUGAGGUGGCCAAGGAGUUCGUGAAGCUCAAGUCAGACACGCGCUCGGCCGAGGAAGGCAGCAGUUAAGGGCCUGAGCAGGUGUAGAACAUCCCUAGCACCACCCCCUUCCUGCCCCUUUUCUACAGCAUCCUCCAGCCACGUAAAAGCCAUACAGGUCAUCCACAGCCCCCCACACCUGGUAGGGAAGGAAGCCCCCCCCUCCGAGAAGCCCUUGCCACAAGCAGGUGCCUGCUUCCCAGUGCCAAGGAUCAAAGCAGGUGCUCUGUGCCCCUCCCUGCAUCCCUGGGCUGCAGCUCAAGGGCACUGCCCCAGCUGCGAUGGAGCAGGGAAGAUGCAGCCCCCAGGGAGUGCAAGCUGCCUCACUGCUGGCAGGGGAGGCCUUAGCGCCUCUUCCCGAACCUGUUUCUGUCAUGACAGGUGCUGGGAGAGGCAGAAGCCAAGGCCUGAUGCUGAUUGUGAGGCAGGAGCAUUUGAACAAACGUGAGCCACCUAGUAUGGCCACAAAGUUGGCACAGGGGGAAGCAAGGCUAGAUCCCAGCCCAUCCAGCCCCCCCUCCACUCGUCCCUGAGCUCCAGGAGAAUCACCCAAGCUGGUAGCAGUAUACGGGAUAUGCCACAUUGUUGAGUAGGUUGAUUCCUUCCAGCAGGAGGCAGCAUCACAUGUCCAAACUGCCCUGUGCUCAUGGCAACCUCAUUCGGCAAUAGAGAUAAGCCAGGCAGCAAUGGGCACAGGGAGGUUGAGACAGGGCCUUGGGUUCUCCUCCAGGGCUCCCUUCAAGGAGCGUGGCUGCUAAGGAUACACCUGGGCCAGCGUCAGCCUGCUCUUGCUGGUGGCUCUUGGAGUCCGCUGCCUCUCACGCCAUAGCUUGCCACAAGCUAAGUCAGCAAUAGCCAAGCCUGUGGCAUAGGCCCCAGGGCCUUGCACUCCUUAGCAGGUGGCUCAGAGCAGCUUAGUCUGAGGCCAGGCAGCAGGGCUGGGGCCACUUUUGUCCACGCAGGCCAGCAGUAGGAGAGUGCUAGCAGAAAAGCAGGGCAGGAGAGGUGUGAAGCUGCCACAGGGCUGCACACACGUGAGACGGCCUCUCACUAAAGAACCAGGAUCUCAGCUCUAACCUCCCUCCCCGGUGGGCUCGGGGACAGCAGGAGGCCAGUGCAGCUGGGAAGAGGCAGUGCCUUGCGCUGUUGGGAACUGGUCCUGCUCCCAGUUACAAAUAGGAGCCUACUGUGCAGCCGCAGAAGCAGUGUCCCUUCCAGGCAGCGCCUGCACUGGGACAGCGAUGUGCAAACCCCAUCUCCCCCCCACCCCCACAGGCAGCCCUUCCUAGGGGGCUGAAGUAGGGUAGCCUCCCUGGGAGAGAAGGA